GACUCAAUUCUCGCUUGCUGUACUGAUUGAUCCCUUCGGCCUCCGCCCUAGUUUUGUUUUCGAGUGCCGCCGCUGCUGUCUGUCACGUUCGCGCUUCAGCGGCAUCAUGGAGAAUCCGGUGUCGAAGACCGUCAAGGACGUUUCGCCCCACGAGUUCGUCAAGGCCUAUGCGGCGCACCUCAAGAGAUCCGGGAAGCUGGAGCUUCCCGAAUGGGCAGAUAUUGUAAAGACUGGAAGGUUCAAAGAACUCGCGCCGUAUGAUCCCGAUUGGUUUUAUAUCAGAUCUGCUUCAAUGGCGAGGAAGAUCUAUUUGAGGCAGGGCAUUGGAGUAGGCGGCUUUCAGAAAAUUUAUGGAGGCCGCAAGAGGAAUGGAAGUCGCCCUCCCCAUUUCUGCAAGAGCAGUGGGGCUGUCGCCCGCAACAUUUUGCACCAGUUGCAAACAAUGAAUAUCAUCGAGAUUGAUCCUAAAGGUGGAAGAAAAAUCACUUCCCAAGGGCUUCGUGAUCUUGAUCAGGUUGCUGGCCGUGUCUAGCUGCUAUUUCUCAGUUCCAAUUAAGAACGCUAUUUUGCUUCAGAAUGAUCAAGGCUUGUACUCAUCUGUAGUCCAGAUCCUGUUUCUUUUUCUUUUUCUUUUCCAGUUGUUUUGAUCUGUUUCUUUAGUCUGGACGAUCUUUCUUCUUGUUAUAAAUUCAUUACUUAAAUUUCAGAGAUUUUGUUUCA